GAGGCCCUCGGUGUGGGAAUGCUUCGUUCGUAAGGGACCCAGGCGACUCCGCCGGUACCGCGUGCAUCCGAAAUCCCUUGGGGGGAUAGCGGGAGGUCGAAGCUGCUCCCCCUCUUCGUGUCGCCCGGUCUCUUCACCGAGCCGUGGGCGGCCGGAGCCGGUGCCCGGCGGGUUUCAGAGUUGAGUUAGGAGCGAAAGCAGGCGUUUCAGACACACGUGGCCUGCUCCAGCGUGCCUGUUCCGGGGCGCGUCAAUUUCCUCGGGCUCCUUGAAGAGCUACGGCCCGCCGAGGCAACCCCGCCACCAUCCAACUUUGGAGGCAGUGACCCUGAGAUGCGUGGUUGGUGACUGUCUCCAGAUGCAGAGGCGCCUGUUUCUUUGGCACAGGCAGGUCCUGAACUGUAGUUGGAGUAGAUUGUGCCUUCUAAAGCGACACCUAUUUACAAUGAAGUUGCAGUCUCCAGAAUUCCAGUCACUUUUCACGGAAGGCUUGAAGAGCCUGACAGAAUUAUUUGCCAAAGAGAAUCAUGAAUUAAGAAUAGCAGGAGGAGCAGUGAGGGAUUUACUAAAUGGGGUGAAGCCUCAAGAUGUGGAUUUUGCCACCACUGCAACCCCUACUCAGAUGAAGGAGAUGUUCCAGUCAGCUGGUGUUCGCAUGAUAAACAACAAAGGAGAGAAGCAUGGGACGAUCACUGCCAGGCUUCAUGAAGAAAAUUUUGAGGUUACUACACUCCGGAUUGAUGUCACCACUGAUGGAAGACAUGCUGAGGUAGAAUUCACAACUGACUGGCAGAAGGAUGCUGAACGAAGAGAUCUUACCAUAAACUCUAUGUUCCUAGGUUUUGAUGGUACCUUGUUUGAUUAUUUUAAUGGUUAUGAAGAUUUAAAAAAUAAAAAAAUUCGAUUUGUCGGACAUGCUAACCAGAGAAUUCAAGAAGAUUAUCUUCGAAUUUUAAGAUAUUUCAGGUUUUAUGGCAGAAUUGUGGACAAACCUGGUGACCAUGACCCCGAGACUCUAGAAGCGAUUGCAGAAAAUGCCAAAGGCUUGGCUGGAAUAUCAGGAGAGAGGAUUUGGAUAGAACUGAAGAAAAUUCUCACUGGGAACCAUGUAAACCAUUUGAUCCACCUGAUCUAUGAUCUUGAUGUGGCUUCUCACAUAGGUUUACCUGCUAAUGCAAAUUUAGAGGAAUUUAACAAAGUCAGUAAAAAUGUUGAAGGUUUUUCACCAAAGCCAAUGACUCUUUUGGCCUCUUUAUUUAAAGUACAAGAUGAUGUCACAAAACUGGAUUUGAGAUUGAAAAUCUCAAAAGAAGAGAAAAACUUGGGUUUAUUUAUAGUUAAAAACAGGAAAGACUUGAUUAAAGCAACCGAUAGUUCAGAACCACUGAAACCAUAUCAAGACUUCGUUAUAGAUUCAAGGGAACCGGAUGCAAUUGCCCGUGUAUGUGAGCUGCUGAAGUACCAAGGAGAGCAUGGUCUGCUCAAGGAGAUGCAGCAGUGGUCUGUCCCGCCAUUCCCCGUGAGUGGACAUGAUAUCCGGAAAGUGGGUAUUUCUUCAGGAAAGGAGAUCGGAGCCCUGUUACAGCAGUUGCGUGAACAGUGGAAGAAAAGUGGUUACCAAAUGGAAAAAGAUGAACUUCUGAGUUAUAUAAAGAAGACCUAAAAUGAGCUCCAUAUGAAAUAAUGGGAAAUCUCGAUGCUACACUGAAGACUAAACGAGGAGUCAAUAAAAAACAGUGAACACAACCACAUUACCCAGGAAACCAGCUGUGUACUGUAGAAGGCCGACCUAUCAGAUUCAGGUUGGAAGCUUUAUACACAGUCAGUGUCUCAUGUACAUAUCCAUGAGGGUUCACAUAUGCUGCCAUUGGACCACAUAGGGAUAAACUGUAACAAAGAAGUAGUAUGAAGAAUAAGAUAAUGAAAAGAAAAACAGUAACUCCAAUUUUUCCUUCCUGGGAUAUAUAUGUAUGUAUAUAUAUAUACACAUACAUAUAUAUAUAUCUUUAUUAUUGUAUUCAAUAUAUUAUAUAUAUUAAUCUUUGAAUUUUGUAUAUACAAGAGAUUGGCAGGUAUUCUAUUUUUGCUUGAAAAUUUUCUUUGGUGAUUCCAGGGAAACACUGUUGUUUAAAAAGCCUAAUAAAAAGGUCAUAUUUAUUCAUCUUUGGACAGUUAGAUGCUUUGAAGACAUCAGUUUCCUUUCUUGAUUUACUGUCUUAUUUUAGAAUUCUACUGAAUUCAUCAAAGUGUUAAACUCCUGUAUCACAGCAUUAACACAUACUCAGGCAUGCCCUAUUCUGGUCACUUGUAGCAUAACUAUUGAAAGAUAAUGCUUGAAGCAUUCAUCGUGUCAGAAGAUACAGUACCUCAAGCUUGAAACAAAACUUGAGGGAAAAAUAUACUGUAUAGAUAUUGUAGAUAUUUCCAGCCUGGGAGACAGCCUUAUCCCAAGCCAAGUUAACUCCCUGUGUUUAUUUUCUUUAUUGAGUAUAUUUUUUAGGCACUGGAAGAAAAAUUUUAAAAGGAAGUUGAAAAUGUAUUGAGAGAGGUAUACUAAAUGUAAUAAAGAGCUUACCUAAAUAUU